AUGCCUUAUUACCAAGCGAGUGUAUUCCAGUCGAGCCAGCUCGAGCAUGGCCGCCGAUUCCAUUUUAAAGAACCCCACACCAGCCAGGGAGGUUGGAUCUGGGGCUCUGUGACUCUCCCGGACACCAUGGACAUUCACAGCGACGAUAGGGAGAUUAUAAUCCAUAUUUGUAAUACCAUUGCCGCGGGUUUGGUUACUUGGGGCGAUAGGUCUUUGCACGGCCUAGGAUUUAAUUCCGUCUCGUUCCCGAUCAGGAUUGAAACCCCCGAGCAAGAUUUAGACGAGCUGAUGUUUCAGGUUGAGUACAUUGCACUGUGGUGGGUGCCUUGGAUACAGUCUGGGACUGUUACUAUUGACAAGCACAUGCUUUUCGUGGCCAAACAGCCGUCCUCGGAACGUGAGGAUCAGUUGUUGGAUAUUCCUCUGAAUUGGGAUCAGCCGGAGGAAAUGAUUGCGGACCCGUGGUGUGCGGUUACUGAGCUGCGGUAA